AGGGAGGGAGUAAGAAACGGUCUUGCCUUCCACUCAGGUGAGCGAUCGUCAGUCGUGAAGUUUUUAGUUCUCAGUCUGGCACCGAGCGUCAAAGUCGACGGAAGAAGCGCGUUUAAAUCGGUCGGGCGUUCUCCCCUCCGCUGUGUAUUCGAGAGUUUGGGAGACGGGCCAACGGUGCUCCUUUUUCUUUUUCCUUCGAGUUCUCUCCCUCCCCUCCGCGAGUUUCUCUGGCUCUCUUUCUUCUCCGUUUCUUCGGAAGCUGCUCCCUCGGUGAACAGUUACCGUUCACCCUGGCAGCAUCCCCUCGUGUCUCCCAACACGUUGUGCCCCCGUGUGCUACCUGCUGUGAGCCGUCGGUUGCGCCUCACCUGUCGACCCGUCCCGUGUGUUGUUCGCGGUAGAAAAAUAAGCGAGUCGGAGAAACCGUGUCGUCGGGGACUGUUGUUUUUCUUGGGAUCGCCGUUUCGCUGUGCAUCUCGAAGAUUUGUCUGAUCCUAAGGAUUUUCGGGUAUUAGUAUGGAAAUAAGUGAGAGAUCGCGGAUAUGCCAAGCGCCCGAGGAUUUCCCGGUCGAUUCUUUUGUCGGAUAGUCAGAAAGAGUGGUCCGCGCGGGGGCGUGCGGUGGUCGGAACGUUGAAAAAUCUGUUUUUAAGCGAGUUUGUCGAAGCUCCGAGGACACACGAGUGGGUCUAGGCGUGUGCGCGAGUGACAGUGGCUGUAGACGAAAGAGCGUAGGGGGAGGGGGGGGGGGGAUCCAGCGAUCUAUACGCUCGAAUACAGGAAUAUAUACGCGGAGAUCGAGCGGUCCGUAUAGUACGCGGGGACAAGGAGAGAGGAAAAGAGUUUGCCCACAGGCGAUACGAAGGAGAGCCGCACCUCUGUGGGAUUCCAGGGACGUCGACGUCGCCCGAGAUACGCCAGGAGCCACGCAGCCGGUGGUGUCCCGGGGAGCGCGCGCGAGGGACAAAUUCCACGAGGGUCCGCGUACGCCUUGUUCCGACGCCACUGGGUUUCUCGAGCACCGCAUACCACAAGAGCCUGCCGAGAUACGAGCCAAGAAAGUCCGAGGGAAGGGGAGCGACGAUAGAAAGGGGCCCGGCACAACUGGAGAGCGAACCGAGGGGGAUCCGACCUCCUCCUCCUGCUGCUGCUGCUGCGCACGAGUGCGAGGGAGACAAAGGCCCUCUUGAGAAACGAGGGCCCGAGGGAAGGCAUGAGAACACGCUGAGGGGGAAAAGAAAAAGGAGAAACGACACGAGGUGAGAGACCAACGGAAACAGACACGAGAUUAACUGUGCAGCCUCAACUUUCCUCCAGAACAAACGAACGAACCGUCGGGUUUGUACGAAUUGAGGCUACGAGGAGGAACGAAGCCAAAUAGACGAGGCUGGAAUGCGGAAAGUGAUUUAUUUCGGGUGAAACGAGAAUUCCGGAUGACCCUUUGGCCCCUGGGCGAGAGAAGCCGCCGCCUCCGUUGAGCAGGGGGAGCAGCAACGGACUCGUUUCGAUAAUAAAUCGCAAGUAAAUCCGACCUAAUUGGAGGAGAAAGAUGAGGGGCUCGAAUCAAGAUAACGCGACGCCUUAUUGCCGGUGCCGAGUGCUCUACCUCGGGAGUUCGGUGCCUCACGCGAGCAAGGAGGGUCUCCUGGGUGUGCAGGAGCCCCUGCGCGAGCUCUACCCCGAGCAAGGGGCCGUGGGGGCCCGUGGGAUCGACAGUUGGUUGAGUGUCUGGAGCAACGGUCUCUUGUUGGAGAACGUGGACGAGCAUCGUAAGAAAGUGACUCGAUUUUUCCCCAUCGAAGCUCUGCACUACUGCGCGGCGGUGCGCCACGUUAAGGGCGGCACCGGGGACUCGUCGACGACCCGAUUCCUGCCGCUCGAUUCGCCGUUCGCGAGGACACCGAGCGCCAACCAUCCGCCGUUGUUCGCUGCGGUGCUGCGCCGCACGACCGGCAUCAAAGUCCUCGAGUGCCACGCUUUCAUCUGCAAGCGCGACAUGGCCGCGAACGCCUUGGUCAGAUGUUGUUUUCACGCUUACGCCGACAGCAGUUACGCCAAAGGCCUCGAUCCGUCGACCGCGACGAUAGCGACGAACGGCGCGCCGACGGGCUCGCACCCUUCGAACGGCAGCCUCUACCACACCCUCGGGGGCUCCAGCACGACCCUGGACAACAGCAGUCCCCCGGGAACCCGGUUGGAGGCGCGCUCCAGCGACGAUCUCAGUCUCUACAACGGCGACGAGAACCACAAAGUCUGGGCGAAAGGCCGCGACGAAGUUGACGCCAUUUACCAGGAACAGGGCACGUUGAGGAGCACCCGGGGAUCCCGACCCCGGCAACUCGUCGCCCCACCCCCUCCGCCGCCCCCGCCUCCGCCCCCCUCGCAACCCCUCCUCGUGGAAGACUCCGCGACAACGUCCGGGCGCAGGAAAGCCAACAGGAAAAUAAAGAAAGCACUGAAAAACCGUCAAGUCCCCGAUGACCAGCACCAGCCGCAGCCCCCCCAACAACACCAUCACGCGAUUCCCCCCCAAGCCAUCUACACCAACGGCCACGGACAUCACACCCUCGGACAUCCCGUCAGGCAACAGCAUUAUCACUCUCAUCAACUUCCACCGAGCAGCAGAUCCGUCGCCGGCACCUUGGCUCGACCAACUCCCGUUCUCCUCGUGCCCGCCGCAACAUUACCCCGGAAAGCUCAUCACCAUCACGGCCGAGGAAUGAGGCCGAUACCAGCGGCUGCUCCGAUCAUACCGCUCUACGCGCCAUUGCCCGUGGUCCCCCCGCCGCCGCCGCCGACCGCUCUGUACCAAGCGGGAAGUUACGGUACCGCCGGUAACAGGAGCAGAAGAUCCCACCAGCCGGAAACCCUCGACUCGUCGACUCUCGGCGCCUCGCGUCGCCUCACAGCUUCUCACGCCGACCUGACCGCCCCCGAUCCCGCCAACCCGGAGACCGCCGAGACCGAAUCUCGCUUCGGCACCGGGAUCUACCGGCGCAAAGGGCACCUCAACGAACGCGCAUUUUCUUACAGCAUUCGAGCCGAACACCGCAGCAGGAGCCACGGCAGCUUAGCCUCCCUCGGAUUCAGCCCCGCGCAAAACGGCAACGCCCUCCCCAAAGAGGAAAAGAAAGAUCGGGAGAUCGCCCAACUCGUCGCCGGCCUCAACCUCGACGAGGACAGGCCCCAGCACCAUCACGGCCCCUACGCCCGCAGCGUCAACCCCCACGUCCACCAUCACCACCAACAUCAGAUGCAACAGCCUCAACCGCUCCCUCGGCCUCGACCUCGCUAAUCGACGGCCUUCGUUUAACACUGUGUCAUCCGCCCCGUCGCACCAAAUCACCGAUACUCCGAUAAUCGCGAUCACUGCGAACCGAACAAUUCGUUCGUAAUCCCCCUCCGGGAGAAAAUCUAGUGGAACGUUUGUGCUUUUCCACCCUUUUCUUUAUUUUUUUCUACUUAUUCGUAGUGCGUCGUUGCCAUGAGGACCCCCCCGAGCACUGACCUCCGAUAGUUGUUGAUGGUCGGCGAUUACAAGAAGCCAUUUUAUCAUGAAUUUUCGAAAAAUAUUAUUUAUUAUUUAUAAGCUCUUGUUCUUACGUACCGAUUAACUAACACACGCGAGCCUGCCCCUUGCGUACGAGUUCGUUAACGCUCCCUUCGCCUUUAUUAUUAUCUCAUACGCGAGAGACAAUGUUGAGCGCACCGCGCCCGCGCGUGUUGAACGCAUUCCAACAGUGUCGAACGGGCCCCGAUGGAGGGGGAAAACCAUAACGACCUUCCUGCCUGAAACGAGCUUCUAAUUAGACAGACUCGAGCAUAAUUGUCCAGUUGGUAAAACUCCGAGCUGAGAACUUCUCUUCGGCUGGUCGAUGCACUCUUCGCCGCUCGUUGCAGCAUCGCGCAUUCCACGCUUCCAAUUUUAUUCACUCGCCAAAUUGGACGAGCCCGAACCAAGCCUGCUCACCGUCGAAAUCGAUCUUCGCUCAGGGAAACUCAAUUUUGAGCUCGGCGCAAAACAGCCUCAAAUACUGCGCGUCUUUAGAAUCUUCUCCGGUCUCUCCGUGCCUUCGGGACUUUCGAUGAUCAGCAGUGAAAGAUCUACGGGGAGAGAGAUCGCGCGCCGCACCCGAGGCUUCGAUUACGUGAACGUAAAACGACGAAUUCCGUUUCGCAACGUGAUUUCUCUCCGUCUCAUUUAUCUCCCUCCUUCGCUUUGCAUAUCGUCUUGUAUAGUAAGUAGCAAAAAGUGCGAAACGAGCGUGGAAUUCCUGCGAGGAUAUGGGCGCGAGCACGAGGCCGAGAUAACGAAGCGAUAAAAAAAUGCUGCUCGCAGGUGGCAUUGUUGUGCGAUUAAAUAUUUGACGAGCGCGAGGCUUCCAGCGGAAAAUUCAGCUGGAAUUUGAGUAGGAACUCUAAGUGAGCUUCGUGGCGAAUAACGGAUUGAGGAGGAUGAACGGAAGCGAUUGGUUCUUCGAGGAUUCGAAGAAACGCGAUUGAGCGAAGAGCGGUUAUCGAGCGAUCGAUUAUUGCUCGAUCAAACGGAGAUUCUCGGGGGUCGCGAUAAUUGAAUUUUCAUUUACCGUUUUGUACGGCAGCAGACAAUGCCCUAGAUUCGUGGCCUGCUGCCUUCGCGUGACGAUCUUACGAAGCGCUCGCGCAGAGGUCAAACCGAGAAACGUCCACGAAUAAUCAGACUCAAUUAGCAUUCAAACGCUUCUCGGAGCCCAGAAAAAUCUCGAUAACAUUGACACUCGGGUGGCAGAAAUUUCGUCAGCAAACUCAGCCAACGGUAUUGAGAAUUUUUUCCUCGCCUCGUUGCUUCGAAGCAUCAACGAAAUUUCCAGUUUUUUUUCCAACUAAAUGUAAUAAAUUGGCCUCAUUUAUUUCUCCUCUCUUCCGACGGAAAUAGAAAGUCGAAGAAGCCGAUUAAUCGAUCAUCAUCGAUCGAGCGUUCGACGCAAUUUCAUUGCUUCGUGCUCAAAAAAUUCACCGAGGAACGAGAUGUUGUGAAAUCCCGAUGCACUCCGCGGAGCGAAGGAUGAAAAUAAAUAAAAAAAAAAAAAAAACACGGCGCUCGAGAGAGUUACAUAAAUAGCUGCGCGACGAGAAUUAUGAUUGCGUCACGCUCCGGAUGAUGAUUAGAAUCAUCGAAGCAUGCAUCCAGAAUGCAGACACACUGCAUGGACAUUAUUAGUCAUCGCGAAGAAAAUCUCUGCUUUCAGCAAGGACUCUUUACCUCAAGGCUGCUGAUGCUGUCACUGCACUCGAAAGUGUCGUUUUCUCUCAUCCUUUGCUGCAAACCAUUUUAAAUCGGGCGUUAAAGCAUCGGGAUUUCAAACGAUUUCAUCCACGACUAAAUGCCUCAUCAAACAUUGGAAAAUUUGCCGUUUAAGAAAAUUUCACGUCCAAAGUGCGUUGCGAGCUCGUACGAAAUGUCAGAAACUCAAGAGAUUCGUUGUACCCAAUUUAAUCAAUUAUUUCUCCUUCAUACUAAACUGUACUUACCAAAUGAACGAGUCACAUGUAGAAAUGCGACUGGUUAAGCGCCAUUUGCGAGGAUUUUUUCGCGAUUCAGAGCUGGAAUUAAGGUGGGCACGAAUUUAGUAUUUAUUUUACGAAGCUAAACAGUGUCCUGUGCGUGUGAGCACGAAAAAGAUCGAAGAGAAAAGAUUGUAAGAAUAAUUGCGAGCGUUGGGAGUGAAAAAGUGUGAAUAUUAAGGUCUUUCGAUAGGAAAAUAAUAACAAAAUUUGCGCCAAAUGCAUGGAUGAAUAACUGAUCAGUGUACGAAUUGCUUGAAGGCUGUCGCCUCGUUUCCAGCGUCUCGGGGACAAAAAACGCGUUUGAAAGUACCGAAACGCUCCGGCUCGUGCGUUAUCGCACGAAUUUUAAUGAGCCACCUUCCACCGCAUGCCUCGCGAGAGAUAAGCGAAUCCCAGAGACACUCGAACUUCCACUGUGCACGAGGAAAAAACACUUGAAAAAUCUCGAAAUAUUUUUUUGUAGUAGAGCUGUCAAAAAAUAUCGAGGGCAGCAAGUGAGGAUCAAACGAUUCGUACAAACUCGGUAUACGUCGUGAAAAUCUACCUUAAAAUGUCUUCCGAGGAACCAGCUACGAAAAUCGAACGACUAACGUAUGCAUAUGUAACGAAAUCAAUAAAAUUACGAUUAUUAUGAAUCUCUAUAUAUAGCUAUACUCUUAAACGAAGAAAAAUAGUGGAUCGAACACGAGUUAUGAAUUUUAUGAAUGUGAUGCGAAGAACGAGUGAAAAAGAAUAAAUAAAAUUGUGAUGCUCGCAGCUCGAAAGUCUGGUACGAAGUCGUACAGUCAAAGUUCGAAAUCGACGUGAAGGAGAGAGAGAGAGCAAUGAAUUUUCACUUUUGAGAAUAAAAAGAUUCUCGUCGACCGCGUGGGGGGAUUAGAAAAUGGAAUUUAUUUAUUGACCAUUCCUGCUCGUUUGUUUUUUACUUCGAAAUGAUCUCUCCUUCACUCCGUUUCGUUCUUUCUUUACGAUUAUCGAGUUUCGACGUAUCUCAAAGUCGUGAAUGGGGGCGCUGCUGGUGAAUUCACGGAGCGAACCAUUGAGAAUGUGCCAUCGAGUAUUUGCGAUUUGUCAGAUCGAUGUGUCAAAUGUUUUUGUAUCUAAACAUUAAGAUCGUCCCGACGUGCGUGCCUGCUCUGUUGGAUCCAACGAAACUGCGUCAAAGUUUCUCUCUCGAUCGACUCUCGCCUUACGUUCGACGAUCGAAUCCCCCCCCCCCCCCCCCUUAAGAAAUCCUCAUGUUCUUUUUAUUUUAUUGUACUCUGCCCUCAAUUAAGAAUUGUGUGAAUAAUAUUGUACGAUUCAAUGUACAAGCUAUUAAACGAAUAGAAAAUCUCUGUACAAAUACAUUUUCUCAUUUCUUCGUGAUCCUUUCGAUCUUCGUCGAUUCCUCAUUCCAAAAAUUCGCUCUUCCUGACCGUUUAUGCAAAAAAUCGAAUCGUUUUUACAGCAAUUGAUCGAUUCUCUUCUAAUUGAAUAUUGAAAAAAAUGAUAAGAAAUAUUUACGACACGAAUUCAAACUGCGAACUGUUAAGGAAGUUCACGCGAAUCUAAUGGAAAUGGAAAAUUCCAACUUUGGGUGUUGAAAUUUGGAAAUAUGCUAGAAAAUGUUUUUAUCAUCGUAAUCUUCUAUUUUGAUGCCCAGUAAAUGCCAAUUUAAUGAAAUUUGAAUUUAAAGGAUUUCGUGAAAUACGAUCCUCCCAACUUUGAAGAGCCAAAAACGAGAAUAAGAAAAUAUAAUAUUUUUAGACUUCUAUGAUAUGUCUUGAGAAACCUUUGUUACCGGUGAAAAUCACUUGAGAAUGGAAAAAGAAAAACACUUUUUGGGGUUAACGAGUAAUGACGGCACAAACGACGGAACGUUUGACAACACCAUGAGCCAGUUGGUUUAAAA